AAGCUUCUCCAGCGGCGAGUACCGAGGGUACUGUUGCUGUAGACGUGCCGGGCAUGAAGUCGUCUGAGGAGGAGACUGCGCAAUCCUCUGGGCCUGAUCAGGAAGCAACCAGAGAUUUGUCUAGGGCAGAGGCCUCGUUCAUCCAGGAGUUAGUCUUGGUGCCUGGCGGGAAAUCAAGUCUGACGCCUGAGGUUCCAGGGGUGUCAAAGAAGAUUGAGACUUUCGAAAGCCCCCCGGAAGAGCUACCGGCAAUCUCGGACUUCAUGGACUUGAAUCAACUGUUGGUUGCUUAUACCCAGGGCUUGCAUGAGAAGUCCUGCCGAAAUCUCCAGGUUAUGCAGGAGCGGAGUGAAGCUGCGCGCCGUGUAGCGCUGUUGGAGAAAGAAAUCCUCGAGGAGCGUCGUCGCACUACCGAGUUCUUGGCAAAGUAUGACAGUGCAGUUGCGUCAUUCCAGGUCGAACAACGAGAGGCUGAGUUCGAGAAAAAUCGUGUGGUGGCGCGCAACAAGUCAUUGAAUCAGAAGCUUGAAGAGCUCAAGGGUCAGGAGGUCAUACUGAGGAAUCAAGUAACUGACUGGAGGAAUGCCCAUAGUCGUCUUGCAGAAGAAAACGACCAGCUCAAGGCCCGCUUGGAGAAGGUAGAGAAGGACCUUGAGAGGGAGUCCAAGAUGCGGCGGGAUGACGAAGUUAGUCUUGUUGGAGCCAUGACCAGCAUCAAGGACCAACAGGAGCGCCUUCAGGAGUUGACAGAAGCUCAAGUCCUUUCAAGUCUCUAGUCUCAACCACUCUCGCAUUGCUAUAGACUCUACGGUACAUGCUACGCUAUAGACUAUGUAUGGAUGAGGCAACACAUACCCUUAACAUUAGAACUUGAUGCUUGCACGUUGCACGUGGUAA